AUGCCUAACGUGAGACCGGAGAUGUGCCCACGCAUGGCAUCAAAGGUGAAUGAGCAUGAUGCUAAAGCUGAUGGGCACAGCAUCGGACUGUACGACGCAGCUCAAGUAAAGCGAAUCUUGACGGUCGGCGAUGGUAACUUUUCGUACUCGUUGGCGCUGGCCCGUGCGCUGGGUCCGGAUUCGGGUGUGCAGCUUGUAACAACGUCGCACGAGAGCAAGAAGUCGGUGGUCGAGACGUACCCGGAUGGAGAGAAGAUCCUUGAGGAACUGAAUGCAAUGUCUAACGUGACAAUUCAGCACGAGGUAGACGCUACGGAUGCUAAGCAGAUGAAGACGCUUGGCCAGUUUGACCGGGUUAUCUGGAACUUCCCUUGCGUCCGAGCACCGCGUGGAGAGGACGGACAGAACGAGGAGAUGGAAAUCAACAAGAAGCUACUCAAUGAUUUCUUCGCCCAUGUGGCGCAGAUUCUGACACCUACAGGUGAAGUGCACGUGACACACAAAACCAAGAAGCCGUUCGGUCAAUGGGGCAUCGAAAGUAUCGCCAAGGCCAACAAACUUCGUCACCAUCAGUCUGUCGUCUUCGAUCGCUGCUUGUACCCUGGAUACUCGAAUAAGAAGGUUCUUUCCAAGGGCUCGUUCCCGAUCUGGGACUCGCUGACUUUCAUCUUCGUGCCCGAAGACCGUGUGCAGCCCGAAGUUGACGCUGUCAAUUCUGAAGACGCGGAGGAAAACACUCCGAUUGAACCCGUUACAAUGGAUAUCCUCAAGAAGAUGUACCUGUUGCUGGCACCAUCGCUUGAUGAUAUGCUGGGCUCGAAGAAGAAGAAGAAAAAGGGAUUCAGGGGUCUGAACAGCAGUCAAAAGGACGUUAGCAUUAGCCUCAAGGGUAGCAAGGAAAAGAGCGGUGACAAAAGUAACAACAUCCACAAGGGCAACAGCAAGCGAAAGCUGCCCGCGUCGGGCAACUUGAAGGUAGGAAAGCGGAAAAAAAGCCGCAGAUCUUAA